CUUGGAUGCCAUUGCCUGCCAGUUUGGCCUUGGUCGCCAGUGUUUGUGUGUGGAUCCUGAACUUCAGUUUCCGGUCAAACCAGAUUCCCAGCCAACGUGUGGCCUCAUUGAGUGGGGGAGGAUUAAUCUCUACUGCACCUUCUGGGGAUUGGAUUGUGCAGAGUUUAGUUUAGUUUAGUUGCUAUUUGAAAC